AUGAAGUGCAGAUAUUUUACAAAGGAGGAAAGUCAUCUCAUUGAUACGAUGAUAACUUGUGAUGAUGAUGCUACUAUUGAGGAGAGUGAUUCAAUUGUUACUAGUGAUGUUGAAGAAGCUACUAAAGAAACAAAAGCUGAUGCAAGAUUCUUGUUUUUUCUUGAGAAAGAUGAUUCAUUUCUUUCUCCAUGGAGUUGGAACCCUAAUAAUGCUUUCAACAAUGAUAAUGUUUCUACCAAAGAAAAUAAAUACUUUUCUUUUCAUCCGGAAUCAUACUUCACUUAUAGAUUAUUGAUCAAAAGAUUCAAAAUGAAAAUGCUCAAGGAAAUCAUAAAUUGUACUCCAGGUAAAAAUAUUAAGGAUGAUUAA